AUGGAAGACCCGUGGAAGGGAGGAAGCGGCGGCUACGGAGAGCCGUCCUACGGUGCAGAGGGUGUUGGCACACGGCAGGUGUCAGAAGAAACUGGCUCGGGUUUCCACGAUCUGCCAGCUGGCAAUGCGGGUUUUGGGAGUGCUUUUUCAUCGCGAGACUCAGCGGGUGUAUACGCACAAACCCGACAGACUGAUGUGUUUUUCCCCGACGACGAAGAGGGAGGAGAGCACGGAGACGAAGGCGAGCAGGGCUCUGUGGACCAAGAUGCCUGCUGGGCUGUCGUCAGCUCUUUUUUCCACUCACACGGUCUGGUCAAUCAACAGCUGGAGAGUUUCAACGACUUUGUGUCUUACAAAAUCCAGGAAAUCAUCGACGAACACCCCCCAAUUGAAAUCAGACCGACUCCGCAGUACCGCCCGGAAGAGGAAGUCGAGAGCAACGUGAUCUACAGGCUGAAGAUGGACCAGCUUUCUCUGAACCGGCCGAGCGUCGAAGAGAAGGAAGGAAUCUCGAAGCACUUGUGGCCGUACGAAGCCCGAACUCGAAAUCUGACCUACUCUAGUCCUCUCUAUGUUGACGUGGAGCAAACGACGUACACUGUCGACCCCGAGACAGGGGCUGAGCGUCUGGUGGACCAGGUGACCUACAGUCGCGUGCUCUUGGGCCGCAUUCCGAUGAUGCUCAAAUCAGCUUAUUGCUGGACAAAGGAUUUGCCGGAGCACGAUCUGGCGGACGUCGGCGAGUGUGCGUACGACCAGGGUGGCUACUUCAUCAUCAACGGAGGCGAAAAGGUUUUGGUGGCGCAGGAGCGCAUGGCGUCGAACUUUGUCUACGUUUUCCAAAAGAAGCAGCCUUCCAAGUUCGGCUGGGUAGCUGAAGUCAGGAGUCAGAAAGAGGGCAUGCAAGCUACGAGUGGCUUCGCGGUAAAGAAGCGCAGUCGCACUGGCGGUGAAGGUCGGAAAGGCGGACGCCCUGGAGGACAAAUCGUCGCUGCUCUUCCGUACAUCCGAACAGAAAUCCCGAUUGUCAUUCUUUUUCGAGCUCUUGGGUGCAUUUCGGAUCGCGACAUUCUUUUGCGUGUGGCGUACGAUCUGAAGGAUCCGCAGUUGAUUGCGCUGAUGAAGCCUUCGCUCGAAGAGGGCUUCGACUACAGUUCGCAGGACGUCUGUUUGGACUUUAUCGGAAAGCGAGGCCCGACGGUUGGCGCGCAGCGCGAAAAGCGAAUUCAGUAUGCGCGCGAGUUGCUGAGGAAAGAGGUGCUGCCUCACGUGGGCACCGAGGUCGGCUGCGAGAACAAGAAGGCCUUCUAUAUCGGCUACAUGGUGCACCGGCUGCUUCUCGCCGACCUGGGGCGAAUCAACCAAGACGACCGAGACCACUUUGGAAAGAAGAGACUGGACAUGGCAGGUCCCCUCAUCGCGGCCAGCUUCGGGACACUCUACCGCAAAAUGAUCAAAGACGUUCGACGCAUUCUACAAAGACAGGUGGACCAUGGCAAAUCGUUCGACGUGGCAGGCGCCAUUCGGAGCGCGUCGCAGAUCACCCAGGGACUUCAGUAUCAAAUUGCGACGGGCAACUGGGGAAAGGACAAGGAAGGAAAGAUUGUGCGGACCGGAGUGGCGCAAGUGCUGAAUCGUUUGACCUUUGCUUCUGCGCUUUCGCAUUUGAGGCGUCUGAACACUCCGCUCGGACGAGAAGGCAAAAUGGCGAAACCGAGACAACUUCACAACACGCACUGGGGGAUGAUUUGCCCCGCCGAGACUCCAGAGGGUCAGGCUGUCGGACUCGUGAAGAAUCUCGCUCUCAUGUCCGACAUCAGUGUCGGCAGUGCGACCAACACCGUCCACGAGUUUCUUGUGGAGUGGGGUCUCGACCCUUUGGAAGAAAUGACUCCGGACGUGAUCAAGGAACGCGUGAAGGUUUUCGUCAAUGGAAGUUGGGUCGGCUGCUUUGAUGAAGCGGAUGUUCUGUGCCAGACUCUCCGUCAACUUCGACGUCGCUGCGAUAUCUCCAGCGAGACGUCCAUUGUUCGUGACCUAGUCAACAGGGAGGUCAAGAUCUUCACAGAUGCAGGGAGAGCAAUGCGCCCACUAUUUGUCGUCGAUGAGGGAACUCGAGACCUUGUCAUGAAGCGGUGCCACUUGGAGGAGCUGCAACGUCGCGGAAAGGACGAAAAGUCGUGGGGAUACUUGAUGGAGAAAGGCAUCAUUGAGUUCGUUGACUGUGAAGAAGAAGAGACGUGCAUGAUUGCGAUGUUCGUCGAGGAUAUUCGCAGCGAGAAAAGACAAGCCUUUCCGUACACUCACUGCGAGAUUCACCCCUCGCUGAUUCUGGGAGUUUGCGCGAGCAUCAUUCCGUUCCCAGAUCACAACCAGUCUCCGCGUAACGUUUAUCAGUCGGCUAUGGGGAAGCAGGCGAUGGGAGUGUACACCUCUUCGUUCAACCAUCGGAUGGACACGCUGGCGCACUUGCUGUACUAUCCCCAGAAGCCGCUGGUCUGCACGCGAGCGAUGGAGUUCCUCCGUUUCCGCGAGCUCCCUGCAGGCAUCAACGCCAUCGUUGCGAUUCUCUGCUACUCGGGGUACAACCAAGAAGACAGUCUUAUCAUGUCUCAAUCGAGCAUCGACCGCGGCCUGUUCAGAUCCGUCUUCUACCGGACCUACUGCAGCGAAGAGAGACAGCAGGGCAGUCUGAUGGUGGAGAGUUUCGAGCCUCCGAGCAUCGAACACGUCCAGGGCAUGAAGCGAGGAGAUUACUCGAAACUCGAUGCAGACGGCCUCGUCGAACCCGGCAGUCGCGUCCUCGGUGACGACGUCAUCAUUGGAAAGACAUCUCCGCUUUUUGACGACGACACCGGCAUGCCUGGCGGCGCGGGAGCCGGACCUGGCGGGGUGCCCUCUCCUUUCGCGAAACGGAAGCGCGACUGUUCUUUGUGUCUUCGAUCUUCCGAAACAGGUGUCGUGGACCAAGUGAUGCUGUCGGUAAAUAAUCGGGGUAGCAGAUUUACCAAGGUCAAAGUACGAAGUGUCCGAAUUCCUCAGACAGGAGACAAAUUUGCUUCCCGACACGGACAGAAGGGAACGAUCGGCAUUACGUAUCGGACAGAAGACAUGCCGUUUAACGAGGAGGGCAUCACGCCAGACCUUAUCAUGAACCCCCACGCCGUUCCUUCUCGAAUGACAAUCGGGCACUUGGUCGAGUGUCUGCUGGGGAAGACAGCGGCGAUUUUCGGUGGUGAAGGUGACGCCACCCCCUUCAACGGGUACGCGGUGCUGGACAUUUCGAAUCGGCUUCACUCCUUGGGCUACGAACGCUUCGGAAACGAACGGUUGUACCAUGGGCAUACGGGGCGUCACCUGCCGUCGCUUAUUUUCUUCGGGCCAACAUACUAUCAGCGUCUGAAGCAUAUGGUCGACGAUAAGAUCCACGCAAGAGCUCGAGGGCCUGUGACGAUGCUCACUCGCCAGCCUAUGGAAGGAAAAAGCCGAGAGGGUGGUCUACGGUUCGGAGAAAUGGAACGCGACUGCAUGAUCAGUCACGGUGCCGCCCACAUGCUGAAAGAAAGGCUCUUCGAACAAAGUGACGCCUACAGGGUCCAUGUUUGUGAUAUUUGUGGCUUGGUCUGUACGGCGGACCUGUCCAGAGGCAACUUCGAAUGCAAGCUGUGUGACAACAAGUCGAGAAUAUCUCAGAUAUGCAUCCCGUAUGCGUGCAAACUUCUUCUCCAGGAGCUCAUGGCAAUGUGCAUCUAUCCAAGACUGGUUCUGCAAGUCGCCUAAAACCGCGGCGGAAACCGGCGCAGACUGACUGCGAGAAGGCGUUUUGGUGGAGAAAAUAACGUUGAAAAGGGCUUGGGUAUCGCAUGUGUGGUGCAACGGGAAAUGCGUCGUCUUGCAAGUGAAAGUGGCAUCGUAGGUUUACGUGACCUUAUCAUCCACAGUCUGCAAAAAGUUCAUUCUGCCGGAACUUCCGAGCGUCGUCGCCUCAAACUACGUGCCUUGGCAUGCUCCUGCCGAGAAACAUGUUUUUCUUGAAGGCCUUAGGCUCUCG